UCCUUAUUUAAACAAUCCCUCCAUGUCCUGAUUUCAAAGCUAUAACAGCCUUCACACCAUUGUAAAACUAUCCUUUAACAAAACAACGUUCAGCCUCUGCCCAUAGUGUCCCCCCCCCCUUGUUUGCUUAUAAAGGGAGAUUCUUGGACUGUGUUUUGGGUGGGUUUGAGAGAAUGGCAAGUGCAGCAGCUGUUGGGAUGGUGGGAGGAAAUGGGUGUGCGGGGUCUUCAGCUUCUUGGUUUCAGAUCAAGAAUAGGAGAAAGAAGAAUAGUAAUGAUAAGAUGGGGAGAGAUGGAGUCAGGUUUUUUACUGCUGCUUCCUAUUCUUCUCCUUCUGUCAUGGACCCUUACAAGACUCUUAGGAUCCAACCUGAUGCUUCUGAAUCUGAGGUCAAGAAAGCUUUUAGACAGCUUGCUUUGCAGUAUCAUCCAGAUGUCUGCAGAGGAAGCAAUUGUGGUGUGCAGUUUAGCCUGAUCAAUGAAGCCUAUGAUACUGUGAUGAGUAAUUUGAGGGAAGAACCAGAUGAAUCAUCACAAAUGUACAUGUCUUAUGAGCCGUCGGAACAGGGAAUUGAUGAGCCUAUGAGAGGAAUGAACGACACAGAUUGGGAUAUGUGGGAGGAAUGGAUGGGAUGGGAAGGGGCUGGAAUUCGUGACUACUCAUCCCAUGUUAAUCCUUACAUUUAAAGAUAAAGAAAAAUAAUAUAUGAGCAAUUUUAAUGGUGGUCUAAGGCUCCAAGAUCGCCGCCCCAUCUCUCAACCAAGAUUACAUGGUUGCUUCUGGUGUACAUAAUUAGACGUGGGACUUCUCUUGAUCUCACCUUUUUUCUUUUUUAAUGUAAAGUUGCUGAGCGCAUCUAUCAUGUAUGCUAAUGAGAAGUAUCCCUGGAAUAAUUUUAUCACCAUUGUUGCCUA